AAAAGCUGUUGCAGCAUUUUUUCCCCCCUUUUUGCCAUGUCAGGGCGCGGGAAACAAGGAGGCAAGGCCCGCGCCAAGGCCAAGUCGCGGUCUUCCCGCGCCGGCCUGCAGUUCCCGGUGGGGCGCGUGCACCGCCUGCUGCGCAAGGGCAACUACGCGGAGCGGGUGGGGGCCGGCGCGCCGGUGUACAUGGCGGCGGUGCUGGAGUACCUGACGGCCGAGAUCCUGGAGCUGGCGGGCAACGCGGCCCGCGACAACAAGAAGACGCGCAUCAUCCCGCGCCAUUUGCAGCUAGCAGUAAGAAAUGACGAAGAGCUCAACAAGCUACUCGGAGGUGUCACCAUUGCCCAAGGCGGCGUGCUGCCUAAUAUCCAGGCUGUCUUGUUGCCUAAGAAAACGGAGAGUCACAAGCCGGGCAAGAACAAGUAAUUAGGUUCGGCACUACCUCUAUUUACUCAAAAGGCUCUUUUAAGAGCCACCAAAGUUUCGGAUGAAGGGCUGA